AUGUAUUUAGCAUCUGGGUUAUUCAACUGCCGAAGCAACCUGUCAGCCGAACCGUGGCCCCCUGCGCAUCCGCUGAAAAAACGGCGGGAUUCACCCAGCAGGCCAAUGUCCCUCUUGCUGGAGGAGGCUGAAAAGCGAUUUGAGGUGCGGCUGCAGCUGGCGCAGAAAGAUGCUGAAGCGGAGCAAAGGACUUUGGAGGCCAAGGCAAACAUUAUGGAGCUCGAACUCCGGGCUUUUACUGCAAAGGCCCUAUCAGAUGCGCAGCUGGCAGUAGACCGGGCUAAAAGGCAGGAAGCCGAAGCUUUGGAGGCGGCCCAGUUGGCCGAGCAGCGCGCCGAGAAGCAACGCCUCAAGGCGGAGGCUGAAAGGCAGAGGUUUGAAGAACUGCUUGCAGAAGAACGCAGGGAAAAGGAGGUGCAGAUUUUCGAAAUGGAAGCUUUGAUGCAGCUGCUGCAGUCGGAUGCCGAUCGAGAAGUGCGGAGGGUCCAAGAGCAAAUGUCAGAGCUGGAGGUGCGGGCUGCGACACGCAUCGCGGAAUGCCAAAGGUUCACCAGCAAGUUGCAGAUCCAGUCAGAGCGCCUCGUGAAACGAGCGCAGACCUUGUCGGAUGAGAAGACCCAGGCGCUUCAGAUUCAACAAGCUGAUCAAUUACGUGAACUUCAGCACUUCUUGGAACAGUGCCAGCUGGAAGCACGGCAAAGGGUGGACCGUGCUCAGCUGGAUGCGGAGAUCCGCAUCGACGUGGCGGUGCGCAACGGUCUGCAGCAAGCGCAGCGGGGGCAGCAGGCCGCCGACGCGCAUUUGGCCUUGACGAGAGCUGAUGUGGCUGGGACCCGACCGAUCUGCUCCGAAGGCGAUGGGAACAUCAAGAAGGUCAUGAACAGGAUCAGCGAUUUCGAAGCACAGGUGUCUUCACAACUUCAGGUUGGCAAUGGAUUGGCAACGGAUGCUAUGGCUAUGAUCUGCAUGCUUUCUCCUUCUAGUCAUACAAGAAUAUACGAACAAAUUGCAGACCUGGCUGCGCAUCCAGACACGCCAGCCGCUAAGUUCUGCGCCUGCUGCACCGCUGCCGACACCACACCCAUCGAGAGUGUGUCUGCACCAGCGCCCAUCCCCAUCAAGGAUGAAACGGAACCCGUGAUGCGGAUGCCGAUUCCGGAGGCAGCCCCCGAACCUGCCAUGGAAGAGAAGGAACCCGAUGCCACUGUCACCUUUCAAUUCCUCCUGCCGGACGGCUCCACAAAGGACAUCGUUGUGAAAUCGAAGCCUCUGGGCUUGGACUUCUACAAAUCUAUUCCACUCACGGUGAAACGCGUGAAGCCCGACGCGUGUGCGGAAGUGGCAGAUGUGCAGCCACAGUGGGUGCUGAAGAAAUGCGACGGUGACGAGAUGAAGGAAGAUUUGAAGGAUGCCAUGGCGCAGUUGGUGAAGGCUGUGCAAUAUUUGAAGCAACGGUGA